CCGAACUUUGUUUGAAUAAUCAAUUAAUAAUUGUAAAAACAGUUUUUAAAAUAAAUUCAAAAAAAAAGUGAAAUAAAAUCAUUAGAACUUUUUAAAAAUAAAGAAAUCAUGAGUUAUAUUAUUAUAUUUACUUUGGUUUAUUCAAUGGCGUUAUCCGAAGAGACAUCAAUGAUUACAACUGAAGAUUGCUACAAAACUGCAGACUGUUUUCUUCUUCCUGAGUACUGCACAAAUAGUGACAACUGUGAUGUUCUAGUGAAAUACAAUUUCGAUUCAAUCAGCAAAGUGAUCUUUAUUACACUAGCAACAAACGGAAAAUGGGUUGGCUUUGCACAAACAAACAAUUUAAAUAUGGCACAAAAAAUGCAAAAUAUAAAAGGCGAGAUUUGUUUCAACAAUAAUACAGUUGCAACGUUAGUCAAUUUUCAUGCAUUGCGUAAUACAAGACCUUUAUUUUCUGCUGUAGUAAGUGGAAUCAAUGUUAAAGAAAUGUAUAUAUUGCCAAGUGGCAGUGUUGUUUGUAAAUACAGUCGAAGUUUGUUUGCUUCUAUUUCCAGUGAAGAAUAUAUGUUUUCCCUUAAUGAGACCGUUGAUGUUGUCUAUGCUCAUGGAACCAGAGUAGGGGGUGAUGGCUACCCUAGUUAUCAUGGAAAAAUGAACCAUAGUUAUUACUCUGAAAAAGUUGACAUGAAGAAAAUACGUUCCAGAAGUGAGAGUUUGAUAACAACUGAAGAUUGCUACAAUACUGCAGAUUGUUUUCUUCUUCCUGAGUACUGUACAAAUAGUGACAACUGUGAUGUUCUUGUUAAAUAUAGUUUUGAUUCUGUUAAAAGCAUGUUCUCAGUUACUUUAGCAACAAAUAAAAUAUGGGUUGGUUUUGCACAAACAUACAAUUUAAAUAUGACACAAAAAAUGCAAAAUAUAAAAGGAGAGAUUUGCUUCAAUAAUAAUUCUAUUGCAUCCAUAGCUAAUUUUCAUGGACUGCGUAACACAAAACCAAAUUUUUCUUCAUUACAAAAUGGAAUCAAUGUAAAAGAAAUGUAUGUAUUGCCAAGUGGCAGUGUUGUUUGCAAAUAUUACAGAAGUUUGUUAGCUCCAGUUGACAGUGAAGAGUAUAUGUUUUCUCUUGACAAGCCAGUAAAUGUUGUCUAUGCAUAUGGAAUGAAAUUAAGAAAUGAUAGUUACCCUAGUUAUCAUGGGCCUAAAAAUCAUAGUUAUUAUUCUGAAAAGGUUGACAUGAAAAAAAUAAGGCCAAGAAGUGAUAGUAUGAUAACAACUGAAGAUUGCUACAAUACUGCAGAUUGUUUUCUUCUUCCUGAGUACUGUACAAAUAGUGACAACUGUGAUGUUCUUGUUAAAUAUAGUUUUGAUUCUGUUAAAAGCAUGUUCUCAGUUACUUUAGCAACAAAUAAAAUAUGGGUUGGUUUUGCACAAACAUACAAUUUAAAUAUGACACAAAAAAUGCAAAAUAUAAAAGGAGAGAUUUGCUUCAAUAAUAAUUCUAUUGCAUCCAUAGCUAAUUUUCAUGGACUAGGUAACACAAAACCAAAUUUUUCUUCAUUACAAAAUGGAAUCAAUGUAAAAGAAAUGUAUGUAUUGCCAAGUGGCAGUGUUGUUUGCAAAUAUUACAGAAGUUUGUUAGCUCCAGUUGACAGUGAAGAAUAUAUGUUUUCUCUUGACAAGCCAGUAAAUGUUGUCUAUGCAUAUGGAAUGAAUUUAAGAAAUGAUAGUUACCCUAGUUAUCAUGGGCCUAAAAAUCAUAGUUAUUAUUCUGAAAAAGUUGACAUGAAAAAAAUAAGGCCCAGAAGUGAUAGUAUGAUGGAUUUUUCUAAAUGUGGAAAAGAGUUGAAUUGUUUUCUAAAGCCUGUUGGUUGUAUAAAAACCUGUAAAGUUGCAGCAACAUUUAAAUAUGACCCAAAUUCAGAGAAAGUUGUUUUCCAACUAUGGGCAAGCAAGUCAUUAAAAUAUGUUGCAUUUGGACAAAAGCCAAAUAAUAACAAUAAUUUUAUGAUUAAAAUUCGUGGUGAGUAUUGUUCCCGAUCACAAGUAGUAGGUUUUGGUCAUUUUAAUGGUAACAACUUGAAUAAAGCUGGAACACCACAAUGGCUUUCUGAAGUAGACCAAGUCAAACUUCUUUUAUCAGAAGUCUUGCCUGAUGGCUCUUUUCUUUGUAGAUAUGAAAGGCCUUUAGUGUUGUCUAGCAAAAAUAUGGAUUACUUAUACGAUAUGAGUUAUCCUUUGUAUGCUGCAAUUGCUUUUGGAGAUUCUUUAUCAGGAGAUUUUCCUGACUACCACAAUGGUCAUGAAAUAUCUAGUAAUGCAAUCAAUUUUAAAGUAGUUAACGAUGUAAACAUUGACACUCUAUCUAUUCAAUUAAAAAAAGCUCAUGGAAGUCUAAUGGUACUGUCUUGGAUUUUGUUUGUAACUUGUGGUAUAUUUAUAUCCCGUUACAUGAAACCAUUUUUAACUAAUAAAAUAGCUGGUAAAGAUGCCUGGUUUCGAAUUCAUCACAUCUUCAUGCUGUUGGCUUUGCUGUGCAUGAUUGUUGGUUUUAUUAUAAUUCUAGUCGUUUUUCAAGGAAAGUUGUACUUGAAUGAUAUACAUCAUUGGCUUGGGUUCUCUGUUUUUAUUCUUGGGCUACUGCAGCCUGUACUUGCAACUUUUCGAUGUGCACCAGACCACAAAAAUCGUGUUAUAUUCAAUUGGGUUCACAGAUUUAUUGGAAUGACAGCUUGGUUAAUAGCAGUUUUAGCUGUUGUAUUUGGAUUGAAAAAAUUAUCAAUUGAUAUUGUUCCAAUCAUUGUAUUUGCAUGCAUUGUUCUUGUUUUAUUUAUUUCUCUUGAUAUCAUUCAACUGUUUCUUAUACGUAGUUCUGCUAUAGGAAGUUCUACAUAUGCAAAAUUCAUUUCCAAGUCUGACUCUGCUAACAAUUUAGAAGUCAAUGCGCAAGUAAAAAAGAAGAUUUCAAAGUGUCAUUUCAUCUUUAUGGCUACUAUUUAUACGAUAUCUUGCGGGGUAGCAAUAUAUUACGUGGUUAUGAUAAUAAAAAAUUGAACCUUUUUAUUUUGAGAAAAUAGGCUUUUAGCAUAAUAUAAAAAAAAAAAAAAAAAUUAAAAAAAAAUUGAUUUUUUAUUAAAACAUAGUUUAAGGAUGUUCCUAAUGAAGGAAUGAAACAACAGUUUUCUGUAAAAAGAAAGAAAAAAAUUGUAAUUUAAUAAACAAAAUUUAUUGGAAAUUUAUUGUUAUGUGCUAUAAAUUAGUAAUUAAAUUUG